GAACAACCUUCUUUUUUCCUUUCGUCUAUGAUCGUUGGUGUUCUCGGUUCGAGUUGAGUGUGCCGAUAUGCAAUUUAUCUGUAUGUCUGUGGUUUUCGUUUUCUUUGGUCUUGGAAUGGGAGACCAAUAUGAUUUGUCUUCGGUGUGCUUUCCCACCAGUUGUUGACGCGCGCGCGCCUUAUCGGUGCGUCACUCUCUGCGAAAAUUUUGCUCUGCGCGUGCGCGACUGUCCGUGAAGCUGCGCGACGGAUAUUUUUUUGAAUGAGAGGAGAGUAUGAGGAGCACAACGCAUGCGAGGCAUCGCUGUAGCAAGAGAUCAUCAGCUUGGUAUGUGUUUGUUGAGAUUGAGUUUGAGGUUGCUCGAUACAUCACAUCACAUGAUCGCGGUCUCUCAUUUUUCACCGAACAAACGAAAUUUAUUUUUGAUCUUCCGCGCGCGCUCAAGCUGGUUGCCGCCCGCAGAAGUGGUGACAGGGACAAGGAAAAGUGAGACUAACGUCUUGCUGUGCGCCAGCGUCUCUCGUGCUAUCGAAUCUAAGUACGCGGUAGUGAAAAGAAGCGGAACAUCAUGGUUUCAAACGUUAAGAAGCCCGCAAUGGUGGCGGCUUUCCUCUUCCUGCUGGCUGGGUGGCUUGCAGCCCCUUACGUCGUGUUCGCCCUGGUACAAGAACAGAACCUGCGGGGCACUAACGACCUAGUUGUCCAAGAACAGAACUUGCGUGAGCGGGAUGGUGCAGCUGUGGCCCCGCCCACUGGCCCGGUGAAGGAAUUCAUCAUGACGGACGAGGAAGCGGCUGCGUUCCAGAAAAUGUAUGAAGUGAAAGUGGGUACUUACUUCUACCAUUGUUUAUAGUUUUUUUUAUUCAUUGUACUAUGGAUCUCCCCUGGAGUUGAAGUCGUUACGUGAAGGGCAAGAGUCUUUUUUCGUAAACGAUUGUCCAUUUUCGUCCCCGCUUCGGUGUUGGGCAUUUAUUUCAUAAAAACGAAGACAAAACUACAUAUCUGAUCUCGCACAGGUUUGCAGCGCCGUGGGUUCAACAGUACCGAAGUGGACGUGAUGCAGAAGAUUGUGGAGCUGACCGGCGGAGAUGUCGCGUACGCGAAGCAACUGUACGAAGAGGGACACGUCCACGCCGUCAUCAGCCUGGACUGGAACAAGGACGACACACUAGACCGCGGUGAAUGUCCCUGCCUGAAGGACAUUUCGGGUGGUCGCGACUCCAUGGCGCUCGGCGACUUUUUGUUCGCGGUGGUGGUGAUGCCGGAGGGCAGUAGUUCGAUGAACACGUUUCUCGAGGUCACUCCUAUUGGCGGGUACGACGAGGAGGCUCUCGAGAAGGUGCCGACGUACACGGUAACCGGAACGCGCGAAAGUGCGUACGUCAAGCCGACCAGCUCGGACAUGGCCUGGGAAAGACAACAGGCCAGGGCGCAGUGGGCCAUUGAAAACCCGGUCAGCAAAGAGGAAAAGCCAGCAGCGAGGAGGACGGCCAGAAAAUAUCCCACACGAAAAGACGUCCUCCAAGCGCUCGACAGGCCGGACGAGAUGCAGAGGGUCAAGGAGGUGCGGGUCGAGAUGCAGCCGCUCGAGAUGCAGCCGGUGGACGAGAUGGAUGUAGCUGCCGGCCGAACGUCAUGGGCGGGCCGUUUAUUCAGGAGGUGUUUCUGCAGGGGCAGGCGCGGCGCCCGCGAGGUGGCGACUCCACUACUCGGGAGGUAAGAAACUUCGCUUUGUUACAACGUCAACAUCACCGAAAGUGCGGUCCUCGUAGAAGCAACAACUUGUUAUGUACUCCCUUACCACGAUGUCGAUGACAUGAUGAUCUUUUUUCUCAUGUUGACGCUUUUUUUGUUGGAGGAGGGGUUACUUGAAGUUGAAGCUAAGCUUCGAUAAACAAAAGUCUGAUGGAGAUAUGAAAGAUCUGCUUGUUCGCGCAGCGACUCACAGUUUGCUGCACAUUUCGACACUUUUUGAAUUGCGCCCUUCAAAAUGCUCGUG